AGUAUCAGCAAGUUAUUCACUCGGUGUAGAGAGAGCAGAGAUGUUGUGUUGAUCACAUUGCCCACAUCGGAAUAACGCAUCACCCCCGCCCCGAGGCUUAGUACCGAUAGAGCGGGAUGAUGGACACGCGCGCUGCGUAAUGGUCAUGAUGAUGAUGAUGUCAUAAAGUCAUUCUAGCAGCGCAGCGCACAAUCCUCGCGCGAAUCACGCUCACGACACGGAUACGGUGAGCCAAUAUCUUUAUCGUAAAGGAAUUAUAAUCCCGCGCGGAAAUACCGGAGAGCAUCCGAGUUGCCUAUCGAUCGCUCCCCAGCGCGCCUCCAUGUAGACGCAUCUCAGGACUGCGGCGCAGAUGGCUGUUGCGGUCGGGAUUGCACCAAGCUCCGUUAAAAACAGCUGCAAGCCUAGCGGUGAGACCCAUGCAACCGAGGCACACGCGACCGCGCGCGUCAUUACGGCGACUCUCUGUGUGGAAUAACGGGAAUUAGUACUCUUAGAAACAGCGUGGAUUUGAAGGACAGCCAGGAGCAUCAGCACCCGAGAGGACUCCUGCAGUUACCGUGUCUACCCCUGAGAAACGCAAAAAAAAGUCAGUGGUUAAUUGUAAAUUCAGUCAAUUUAUUGCCCUUACUGGAGACUCCUAGCACUUCGCGUCCGGAGGCCAUAAGUGCCUGUUUUCUCCUACUAGACUGACCAUUGAUGGGAACUGAUGCCCUGUUGCCUUUUCUCGUCCGUGUCUACCUCUUCAACCCUCGUUUCUCCUCUAGUGACCGAACUAGGCCCUCAAGCCAGACCAAACACCUCGGAAAAUGAAACUUUGAUGGAUUAAAAACAAGAAUUAUGUGUAGCGUUAUUCCAACAUUUUCUGAAUUGGAAAGUCCCAUUGCGCGCAUUUGGUGCUAGGGUGCGCGUGAGAUAUAAACCCCGUUAUUUUAAGGGAUUACGCGCUUUAUUUAGGGGAUUUCUCAGGAUCGCAGGAUGGCAAAUGAACCUGUUAUCCUUAACGUGUAUGACAUGUACUGGAUAAAUGAAUACACCUCGACUCUGGGUAUUGGGGUCUUCCACUCAGGAAUUGAGAUCUAUGGCAGAGAGUUUGCAUAUGGAGGCCAUCCGUACCCUUUCAGUGGCAUUUUCGAGAUCAAUCCUGGAACUGCUUCUGAACUGGGCGAGACUUUUAAAUUCAAAGAGUCUAUAGCUCUGGGUACGACAGACUUUGCAGAGGAGGACAUUGAUAAGAUAAUGGAGGAGUUGGGGAGGGAGUUCAAAGGAAACGCCUACCACCUGAUGCACAAAAACUGCAACCACUUUUCUUCCUCGCUCUCUGAAUUGCUGUGUGGCAAAGAGAUCCCACGCUGGGUGAAUCGGUUGGCAUAUUUCAGCUCCUGUAUACCAUUCCUGCAGAGUUGUCUCCCCAAAGAGUGGCUCACACCUGCUGCCCUUCAGAGUCAUAUCAGCAUGGGCCUUCGAAAGGAGAAUUCACAUUUACACGAGUCCAGCGACGACGAGACCUCAGAGGCGGCAGCCGGACAGCCUGGAACGUCACACGGCUGCAGACACACUCGUGUGUGAUCCUGCAUACACAUUUAAGCUAAUAUAACACUAAUAUAAAUGCACAUACACUGACAACUGUUGAUCCUGCUGCUACAGGACUGGAUAAACUAGAAGCUAGACCUCAUCACCUUAAGGGGAAGUCAAAGUCAUUUUUCUUGGAGCCACCAAGGAUUAAAAAAGGUUUAGAAUUAUUUAAUUUUUUAUCUGGUUUUAAGAAAAACAUAUAGUCGUGUAAGCUAUUUCUUCUGAACAUGGGACAACAUUAAUGGGGAUCAUGAUGGAUCGACUGCCUUCUGCUGGUGUGUCAGCGCUACAGGCACCUUUCUCUACAAUACUGAACUUUCAGUAUAGUGUAUCCACUUUUUAUCGGUCCUUUAGACUUUUAAUAACCUGUCUGGAUGUUCUCCAGAUCUAGCCGAGUUUGCUGUGUAUUCAAUUCUUUUUUAUGCUGUUGUGGAAUGAGACAGUAUUUACUGAUGGUUGUUACUAGUUGUUGGUGAACUACAAAGGAACCUUUACAAUUUCUUUUUUUAAUUUUCUUCUUUCUAACACAAUGCAGAUUUAAAGGUUUGCGCCAAAAUAAACUGUCAUCAUUUACUCAUCCUUGUGUCGUUUCAAACCUUUAUGUUUACAUGAAGCUGUAUAUAUAGGAAUGUUGAUGUUGCUUUUUGGAACAACAUGUGUGAGUAAAUAAUGACAUCAUUUUUGGGUAAAUAACCUUUGAAUUUAUUAUAUGAUGUCAAACUUUUAAUACCACAUAUUUUUGAAUCUCAGAUGUUUUGGUUAAAAUGUCAUAUUUUAAUUUAGAUUGCUUUGUUUAACUUUAACAACCAACAUGCUGUUUUUUGAUAGUAUAGUGUAUAGGGUAAUUCAUUAUUGAUGGAUUUAUGCUAAUCAGGGCAGAUGACUCACACAUUUACAGUCAUUGGAAACUUCAGCCUUACUAGCCAUCGAUAUGCUGGACUCAUACGAAACAAAAGCCUCUGUUGUUUGGUCGUCAAGAACACAAAAGGGGCAAUUGUAGGGGGAUGCUGGGGGUGGGUGCGAAAGUGUGGGUGUGGUCUGGACAUUAGAUUGGUAUUUGUACUGUAAUGAUUAAAUGCAAUGCCUAUAAGUGAUUAAGAGAGAAGGGAGACGUGUUAAAUGGUUUAGUGGAUAAAUGGUUGUUUCUUUUGACUGCAGUUUUGUGUUUUCUGUUUCACGAGUGCAGACUGAACAGACAAUGUGCUGUUGGUUAUAUGAGCCAUCUACACUUCACUAACCUGUUUCACUGCUUUUCCAAAUUUUCAAGUCAAAUUGAAACCCUUUGCAACAUAUUUUACUACUGUAAUUUGAACAUUAGAAGCACCCGAAUGAAACAAGAACCUAAAAAUAUAUGGUGCCAUAGAAGAACCAUUUUAGACUCUAUAAGUUCAUAAAGAACCUUUAACAUCUGAAGAACUUGUAUGUGUUCACAAAAGGUUCUUUAGACUAUACAAAGAUAAGGAAGACAUUAUUUGAAGAACCUUUGUAGCACCUUUAUUUUUUAGAAGUAUAUACAUUAAAACGUGUAUUAAUGGCUAAAAAGGUUACAAUUUGUAAAUUAUAAUAAGCAAUUAUUUACUAUUCUUUUGACAAAUGACAACUUAUAAACCCUAGAAUUCCUAAGCGACUUUUUAUUUAUUUAUUUAGACUUUUAAAAGUAUUUUGUAGGCAUACUCCACUGAUGCCUUUUUGCAUCAAUUAGUAUUUCUUGUAUUAAUGUGGACAAUUGCAAAUAUUAACUGAUGAAUAGAGAAUAAAUAAAUAAAAAACAAGAAAUGUAAAAAUUCAUAAAUGUUGCACUAAUAAAAUGUGAUUGACUUUGGUUUGCUUAAACCCUGAAAAGCCUUUAAACAUUGAUUAAAGUACAACACAAACCAUAAAUUCAGUACAAGAUAUUCACUGUGCCUGACUCGUGAUACGUUUAACAGAACACAGAAAAAUCACGUGAUGGGUUUCGGUUUCCGGUACAGUUUCAGACCGGAUCAAACCAGUUCGAGCUUAACAGUAACAGCUGGCAUAACAUGCAAAAUAAUAAAGAAUAUAAAAUCCAAAAAUAUCUACCAUGCUUUGAAUAUUCUUUAAACGAUAUAUCUGGCAUAAUCGUAUACAGAAGUUGUAAAACAAACAGAAACCAUCUGGUUUUAACAUGUUUAUUCAAGCAUGCACGAGCCUCUUCUGUCUUCCCCUCCCCCUGUGCGCGCGACACGGCCAUAUAUAUACUCGUGCACACGUCUUCACUUGCCAGUUCGAGACCAACGCCAUUUUGUGCUGUACGAAAAGAUUUUUGCAAACCUUUCAUCAUGAGUGGAUGUCGCGUUUUCAUCGGCCGUUUGAGCCCCCAUGCCCGUGAAAGAGACGUGGAGAAGUUCUUCAAGGGCUAUGGACGCAUCCGGGAGAUUAA